UGACAUGGUUCGGUCCAGCUGCGAGAUCCGAGCCUCCUCCAUGCAUUGGGAUUUUUCUCAGCGCCGACACCGAGUGAUUCUCCCCUUUCUGACCAUCUGAGAAAAACCCACCGUGCGCCCCCCGCCACACCAGAGAGGAGAAUCUAAAGAUCCUGCCAUGACCGCCGCUGCAAAUCGGGAUGGAGGAGCACCGGGACUUGCGAGGAGGAGAGCGGAAUGCGCAUGCAGGACCGGGGAUGGAAUACGGAUUUUUUCUCUGAUGAAGGCGGGAGUGCAGGCGCACCGCUGGAGCCGGCUGCUGUUCUUGUACAUGGGGCUACUGGCCGCCUCGGCGAAGGCUCAAAACUGCAGCUACACACUAAACAGUCCCAAUGGGACGAUAGAGAGCCCCGGCUACCCGUACGGUUAUCCUAACUACGCCAACUGUACGUGGGUGAUCGUGGCGGCGGAGCACAACCGGAUACAGCUGGUGUUUCAAGGCUUCGCCCUGGAGGAGGACUUUGACCUCUUGUCUGUAUACGAUGGGCCGUCCAGCCCAGGGAACCUGAGGACACGGUUAACGGGGUUCCAGCUUCCUUCACCCAUUGUGAGCACGGGCGCCAAGCUCACACUGUGGCUACUGUCUGACUACGCAGUCAGCGGGCAGGGAUUUAAAGCCGUCUACGAAGCUUUGCCCAGCUACACGUGUGGUAAUCCUGGACAGCUAUUCAACGGCCUCCAGCAGGGGUCCACGUUCAACAUCGGGGACAAAAUCCGCUACAGCUGCAGCCCGGGCUACGUGCUGGAAGGUCACACCACCCUCUCCUGCCUGGCCACCUCAGCCGGUACUGCUGCCUGGGAUUUCCCCCUCCCCUACUGCAGAGCGGAUGAUGGGUGCGGGGGCACGCUGCGAGGCCAGAGUGGGGUGAUCACCACUCCCAAUUAUCCCACCGUAUACAACAACAACGCCGACUGUACCUGGACGGUGCUGGCGGAGCCGGGAGACACCAUCGCCCUGGUGUUCUCCGACUUUCAGCUGGAGGACGAUUAUGACCUGCUGGAGGUCAGCGGCACAGACGGCUCCUCACAGUGGUUCACCGGCCCCAACCUUCCCUCACCCAUCAUCAGCAGCAAGAACUGGCUCCGGCUGCACUUCACCUCCGACGGCAACCACAAAUUGAGAGGGUUCAGCGCCCAGUACCAAGUGAAGAAGAUGACUGAACUGAAGUCGCGAGGUGUAAAGAUGCUGCCCAGCAAAGACAACCACCACAAGAUAUCAGUGUUGUCACAGAUGGGUGUCGCUCAAGGACACAACAUGUGUCCAGACCCGGGGAUCCCGGAUCGAGGGAAAAGAAAAGGCUCAGACUUCAGGCGAGGAGCCACGGUGCAUUUCUCCUGCGAUGAGGGUUACGAACUCCAGGGCUCGAAGAGCAUCAGCUGUCUCCGAGUGACGGACAGCUACGUGGGCUGGAGCGACGAUCGGCCAAUAUGCAGAGCGCCAAUGUGUGGAGGUCAGCUGAGAGGACCCGGCGGUGUCAUUACAUCUCCCAACUACCCGGUCCAGUACGACAACAACGCCAACUGCACGUGGGUCAUCGCAGCCGCAGACCCAUCUAAGGUGAUCAAGCUGACAUUUGAAGACUUCGACCUGGAGCGGGGCUACGACACCCUGACGGUGGGAGACGGCGAGGUGAUCGGAGACCAGAAGACCGUCUUCCACGUCCUGUCUGGUACCACCACUCCGGACCUGGUGGUCAGCACCAGUCACCAGAUGUGGCUCAACUUCAAAACAGACGACACCAGCGGCUCCCUCGGCUUCAAGGUCUCCUUCGAAGAGAUCGACCAGGGCAGCUGCGGGGAUCCCGGCGUCCCGGCGUACGGCAAACGGGAGGGGGCGGGUUUCUGUCACGGCGACCGGCUGUACUUCGAGUGUCUUCCGGCCUUCGAGCUGGUCGGCAAGAAGAACAUCACCUGUCAGAAGAACAACCAGUGGUCGGCGAAGAAACCCAGCUGUGUUUUUUCCUGUUUCUUCAACUUCACCACUCCAUCCGGGGUGCUGCUGUCCCCCAACUACCCACAGGAGUACGGAAACAACAUGCACUGUGUGUGGCUGAUCAUCUCCAACCCCGAGAGCCGGAUCAAUCUGGCCUUCAACGAUCUCAGCAUGGAGAAACAGUUUGACUUCCUCUCGAUCAAGGAUGGAGGAAAGGCUGAGUCUCCGAUCCUGGGAACCUUCUCCGGUGACGUCCUCCCUCCUCCCAUAACAACCAGUGCCCACGUGGCUCGUCUGGAGUUCCUGACUGACCACACCUACACAGACCGCGGCUUCAACAUCACGUUCACGACGUUUCGUCACAACGAGUGUCCAGACCCCGGUGUCCCGGUCAACGGCAAGCGUUUCGGUGAGAGCCUUCAGCUGGGCAGCUCCAUCUCCUUCCUUUGCGAGGAGGGCUUCGUGAAGACCCACGGUUCUCAAACCGUCUCCUGCAUUCUCAAGGAUGGCAACGUGGUGUGGGACAACGCUGUCCCCCGCUGUGAAGCCCCGUGCGGAGGAGAACUGAAGGCUCCCAGUGGGAUCAUCCUCUCACCCGGCUGGCCAGAACUCUACAAGGAGGCCCUUAACUGCGAAUGGAUCAUCGAGGCUCCUCCGGGAUACCCCAUUAAGAUCAUCUUCGACAAGUUCCGCACGGAGGUGAACUACGAUGUGCUGGAGGUGCGUGACGGCCGAUUCCCCUCGUCGCCUAUGAUCGGCAGUUACCAAGGCACCCAGGUGCCCCAGUUCCUCAUCAGCACCUCCAACUUCGUGUUUCUCCUCUUCUCCACUGACAAGAGCCACUCGGAUAUCGGCUUCCGUAUUCGCUAUGAGACCCUACAGCUGCAGUCGGAUCACUGCGUGGAUCCCGGCAUACCUGUCAACGGACAGCGCCACGGCAACGACUUCUACGUGGGCGCCUUGGUGACCUUCAGCUGUGAGUUCGGGUACACGCUCAGCGACGCCGAGCCUUUAGAGUGCGAACCCAAUUUCCAGUGGAGCCGCCCCCUGCCUAGCUGCGAUGCCUUGUGCGGAGGUUACAUCCAGGGCAACGUCGGCACCAUCCUGUCGCCCGGCUUUCCAGACUUCUACCCGCACAACCUGAACUGCACGUGGAUAAUCGAGACCUCCCAUGGCAAAGGCGUCCAAUUCCACUUCCACACGUUUCACCUCGAGAGCCCUCACGACCAUUUGCUGGUGACGGAGAACGGCAGCUUCACCCAGCCCCUGUGGAGGCUGACGGGCUCCACGCUGCCCUCGCCCCUCAGCGCCGGCCUGUUCGGAAACUACACGGCCCAGAUCCGCUUCCUCUCCGACUUCUCUGUCUCCUACGAGGGAUUCAACAUCACCUUCUCUGAGUAUGACUUGGAGCCGUGUGAGGAUCCUGGCAUCCCGCCGUACAGCACCAGGAAGGGCCUGCAGUACGGCGUGGGCGACGCCCUCAUCUUCUCCUGUUUCCCAGGGUACCGUCUGGAGGGCCCGGCGAGGGUGGUGUGCUUAGGGGGCAGGAGGCGGGUGUGGAGCUCCCCUCUGCCAAGGUGUGUUGCGGAAUGCGGCUCAUCCGUGACGGGCAUGCAAGGGGUGCUGCUCUCACCCAACUACCCCGGCUACUAUGGCAACAAUCACGAGUGCAUCUACUCCAUCCAGACGCAGCCCGGCAAAGGCAUCCAGCUGCGGGCGCGGGACUUCAGACUGGAGGAGGAUGACAUGCUCAAAGUCUUUGACGGCAGCAGUAACAACGCUCGUCUGCUGGGGCUGUUCACAGGCAGCGAGAUGCUCGACACGACCCUGAACUCCACCUCCAGCUCCAUGUGGCUGGAGUUCAUCAGCAACGCAGAUAACAACAGUAAAGGCUUUGAGCUGCACUUCACUAGUUUUGAGCUGGUGAAGUGUGAGGACCCAGGCGUCCCCCAGUUUGGCUACAAGAGGGAGGACAAAGGUCAUUUUGCAGGGAGCUCCGUGUCUUACAGCUGUGACCCGGGCUACACUCUGAAAGGCCCCGAGGCGCUCACCUGCCUGAGGGGGGAGAGGAGGGCAUGGAACAGCCCCCUCCCGGUCUGCUUUGCGGAGUGCGGGGGCACCAUCAAGGAUGAGCCUUCCGGUCGUAUCCUGUCUCCGGGCUAUCCAGCUCCCUAUGAGCACAACCUGCACUGCAUGUGGAGUAUCGAGGCCGCCCCUGGGAGCACCAUUAGUCUACACUUCCUGGUCUUCCACACGGAGGAGGUCCACGACGUGCUCCGGAUCUGGGACGGGCCCCAGGACGGAGGGGUCCUGCUGAGGGAGCUGAGCGGUUCGAUGCUGCCGCCCGACGCUCACAGCACCUUCAACACCGUCAGCCUGCAGUUCACCACCGACUUCUUCACCAGCAAGCAGGGCUUCGCUCUGCAGUUCUCUGUCUCCACCGCCACCUCCUGCAAUGACCCGGGCAUGCCCACCAACGGCACCCGCAGCGGGGACAGCAGGGAGCCCGGGGACCACGUGGCGUUCCAGUGUGAUCCUGGCUACAUCCUGCAGGGGGCCAACAGGAUCACAUGCACGGAGAUUAACGGCCGCUACUUCUGGCAGCCGGACCCUCCCACAUGCACAGCCCCGUGUGGUGGAAAUCUGACCGGACCAAGCGGGCUGAUCCUGUCUCCAGACUACCCUGAACCUUACCCACACGGGAGGGAGUGCGACUGGACAGUGACCGUCACAGAGGACUAUGUCAUCGCUCUGAGCUUCAACCAGUUCAGCUUGGAGCCCAGUUACGACUUCCUGCAUAUCUAUGACGGGCCGGACUCCCUCAGCCCGUUACUGGGUAGCUUCUAUGGCACGGAUGUUCCUGAGCGCAUCGAGAGCAGCUCCAACACGCUCUUCUUGGCUUUCCGCAGCGACGCCUCCUUAAGCAGCAAUGGAUUUGUGCUGCAGUACACAGAGAACCCCAGGGAGUCGUGUUUCGAGCCCGGCGUGGUGCGCAACGGCACGCGGGCGGGUGCCGACCUCAAGCUGGGCUCCACCGUCACCUACCACUGCGACAGCGGCUACACGCUGGAGGGAGACCCGACCCUCACUUGCAUCAUGGGAGGAGACGGCAAGCCGAGCUGGAACAAGCCCAAGCCCAUCUGCAUCGCUCCGUGCGGAGGACAGUACUCAGGUUUGGAGGGAGUGGUCCUGUCUCCCGGUUACCCUGGCAACUACAGCAACUCACGGACCUGCCUGUACUCUGUGGUCGUGCCCAAGGAUUACGUGGUCUUCAGCCAGUUCGCCUUCUUCCAGACAGCUCUGAAUGACAUCGUGGAGGUUUAUGACGGGGCGACGCAGCACUCCCGUGUCCUCAGCUCCCUGUCUGGGGCGCACACAGGCGAGUCUUUGCCAUUAGCAACCUCCAAUCAAAUCCUGAUCCGCUUCACCGCCAAAGGCCAGUCCACCUCCAGAGGAUUUCACUUGGUGUACCAGGCUGUGCCACGGACCAGUGCCACCCAGUGCAGCUCAGUCCCUGAGCCUCGGAAUGGCCGCCGCAUGGGUAACAACUUCGCUGCCGGCGCCGCCAUCCGCUUUGAGUGUAGUCCAGGUUACAUGCUGGAGGGAUCGGGCGCCAUCGAAUGUUUAACUGUUCCCAAUGCCCUGGCGCAGUGGAACAGCUCCAUACCCAGCUGCAUAGUUCCGUGUGGAGGAAAUCUAACCCACCGAACUGGGACGAUCUUAUCUCCUGGUUUUCCUGAGCCGUACCUCAACAGCCUGAACUGUGUGUGGAAGAUCACCGUUCCCGAAGGAUCAGGAAUCCAGAUCCAGGUAAUCAGCUUUGUCACCGAGCAGAACUGGGACUCACUGGAGGUGUUUGACGGAGGAGACAACACUGACACCAUGCUUGGCAGCUUCUCAGGCACCACGGUUCCAGCGCUUCUCAACAGCACCUCCAACCAACUCUACCUGCACUUUUUCUCUGAUAUCAGUGUGUCUGCGGCCGGAUUCAGGCUGGAAUACAAAACUGUGUCCCUGACCAACUGCCCAGAGCCUGUGGUGCCUAUGAACAGCAUCAAAGUCGGGGAGCGUCUCCAAAUGAACAACGUGGUGUCUUUCCAGUGUGAACCUGGAUACACUCUACAGGGGAACUCGCACAUCACCUGUAUGCCUGGAACCGUGAGGCGAUGGAACUACCCUCCUCCCCUCUGCAUCGCGCAAUGUGGCGGAAUCCACGAGGAGAUGGAGGGCAUGAUUCUCAGUCCUGGUUUCCCUGGCAACUACCCUAGCAACAGCGACUGCACCUGGAGAAUCUACCUGCCGGUUGGAUUCGGAGCCCACCUUCAGUUCCUCAACUUCUCCACCGAGGCCAACCACGAUUUCCUUGAGAUACGCAACGGGCCCCUCGAUACGAGCGCUGUGAUCGGCAGAUUCAGCGGCCAGGACAUCCCCGCCUCCCUCCUCACCACCUCCCACGAGACCUCCGUGUAUUACCACAGCGACCACUCGCAAAACAAACCGGGAUUCAGGUUCGAGUACCAGGCGUAUGAGCUACAGGAGUGUCUCGAUCCGGAGCCUUUCCGCUACGGGGUGGUGGUGGGCGCCGGCUUCAAUGUGGGCCAGUCUAUCUCCUUUGAGUGUCUGCCUGGGUAUCAACUAAUGGGACAUUCCAUCCUCACCUGCGAGCAUGGCACCACCAGAAACUGGGAUCACCCUUUCCCUCGCUGCGAAGUGCCCUGCGGUCUGAACAUCACGUCUGACAACGGGACCAUCUUCUCCCCGGGGUACCCAGAGGAGUAUCCGAGUUCAGCCGACUGCUCGUGGCUGAUCACCGUGUCUUCUGGCUUUGGCAUCAAACUCAACUUCACCCUGCUGCAGGUUCACGGGCCACAUGACUUCCUCACUGUCUGGGAUGGACCACAGGAGACAGCCAGGAAACUGGGGGUGUUUACGGACGGCGAGCCCAAUGACCCGCCCAGCAGCACGUCCAAUCAGGUGCUGAUACGUUUCCGGAGUAACACAGAGAAGGGGGGACUAUUCCGCAUCGGCUAUCAAGCGUACAGACUGCAGUACUGCCUGCCUCCCCCUAUCAUCCCUAACGCGGAGAUCCUGAUGGCCAGCAAAGAGUUUAAAAUUGGUGACAUAGUGCGCUACAGAUGUAUUCCAGGCUACCAGUUAAACGGAAACAGCAUCCUGACCUGCCGGUUGGGGACCUACUUGGAGUUUGAGGGGCCUCCGCCCUCGUGUGAUGUGACGUGUCCCAUGAACGAGGUGCUCACAGCUUCCACGGGAGUCAUCAUGAGCCAGUCCCCGGGCAACGGGUUCCCCCACUUCGAGUCCUGCUCCUGGGUGGUCAAAGUGGAACCAGGCUACAACAUCACCUUCACCAUAGAACACUUCCAGACCAGCCGGCAGUUUGACGAGCUCGAGAUCUUCGACGGCCCGUCCCGGCAGAGCAACCUCCUCAUCACCCUCAGCGGCAACUACUCCAGUCCGCUCAGCAUCACCAGCUCCAGUAACAAGGUCUACCUGCACUGGUCCUUCGAUCACACCACCAGUCACAAAGGCUUCCGGAUACGCUACUCAGCGGCCUACUGCAGCCCUCCAAGCAACCCCCUGAAUGGCACGAUGCACAGCCUGACAGGCACAAAGCUGGGCAGCACACUGCGUUUCACCUGUGACCAGGGCUUCCGGCUUAUUGGCCAGAGCAGUGCCACGUGCACCCGCACCCCACAGGGGAUUUACCAGUGGAACGCUCCAGUGCCGCUGUGCCAAGUCAUGUCCUGUGGAAUGCCAGUGCCUCCGGUCAAUGGCAGCAUCGUUGGCCAGGACUUCUCUCUCGGGGCCACAGCCACCUACCAGUGUAACCCAGGGUUCCUGCUCGCCGGGCCAGUCACCACCUCAGUGAUCUGUCAGGAAUUUGGGAGGUGGAGCCCCAUUGAGGCCCCGCCCAGAUGCAUACCCGUGACUUGCCCCGACAUCGGCCACUCCUCUGUGGAGCAUGGGAGAUGGCGACUGAUCUAUGGAACUCAAAACCAAUACGACGCCAUUAUGAUGCUCAUAUGUGACCCAGGAUAUUACUACAGGGGUCAAAGGGUAAUUCGCUGCCAAGCCAACAGCACCUGGAACUACCCGGAUCCACGUCCAGUCUGUGGCAUCAUCUCCUGCGGGGAUCUUGGGACUCCACCAAACGGCAACAAGAUCGGAACACUGACGGUGUAUGGAGCCACAGCAAUCUUCUCCUGCAACACAGGUUAUACCUUGGUGGGCUCCCGGGUACGAGAGUGCAUGUCAAACGGGCUUUGGAGUGGAACCCAGGUCCAAUGUCUCGCUGGGCAUUGUGGCUCCCCAGAGCCCAUAGUGAACGGGCAGAUCAAUGGAGAGAACUACAACUAUCGAGGCAGCGUUGUGUACCAGUGCAAUCCAGGAUUUCGUCUCAUCGGGGUGUCGGUGCGAAUCUGUGAACAGGAUCACCGCUGGUCAGGACGCACUCCUGUCUGCGUCCCCAUUACAUGCGGGCAUCCUGGCAACCCUACCUUCGGCAUGACCCAAGGAAACCAAUUCAACUUGAAUGACGCCGUGCGCUUUGUCUGCAACACUGGAUAUGUUCUGCAGGGGGCGGUAAAAUCUGCCUGCCAGGGCAACGGGCAGUGGAGUAACACCCUACCCAGGUGUAAAAUUGUGAACUGCACCGAGCCGGGCAACGUAGAGAACAGCGUCAGGCAGUUACUGUCCAGCGGGCCGCAUCGCUACAGCUUCCAGACCACGGUGUCGUACCGCUGCAACCCAGGCUACUACCUGCUGGGUACCAGCUCCAUCUCCUGUCAGGGGGACGGAACGUGGGACCGCUCCCUUCCCAAGUGCCUGUUGGUGCUGUGUGACCGCCCCAGCAUGCCACCUUACGCCCAGAUCUCCGGCGACCGUCGGACAGUCGGCUCAGUCAUCCGAUACAGCUGCAUCGGCCAACGCACCAUCAUCGGCAACACAACGCGAAUGUGCCAGCUGGACGGCCAGUGGAGCGGCUCGCCGCCACACUGCUCUGGAGAGUCCAGCGGGCUGUGUGGAGAUCCAGGUGUUCCCGUGCAUGGUAUCCGUCUGGGAGAAGAGUUCACGGUGGGGAGUGCCGUGCGCUUCAGCUGUGAGCCCGGCUACAUGCUGAAGGGUUCCCCGGAGAGAACCUGUCUGGCCAAUGGAACCUGGCUGGGAACCCAACCUGAGUGUCAUGUGAUCUCCUGCGGAAACCCGGGAACUCCACGUAACGCCCAGAUCCUGAUCCACGACGGCCUGGUGUUUUCCAGAUCCAUCACUUACGCUUGCAGGGACGGGUAUUACUCUACCGGCCUGCUCUCCCGACACUGCACCGUGAACGGCACCUGGACUGGGAACAUGCCUGAGUGCUCAGUUAUCAACUGCGGGGAUCCCGGAGUGCCAGCCAACGGGGUGAGAGUGGGGAACGACUUCACGUUCAACCAAACGGUCAGUUUCCAGUGCUCUCCUGGUUUCACCAUGGACGCCGACAGGGCCUCCACUCUCAUCUGCACCAAGGAUCGCACCUGGAACGGCACGAAACCACAAUGCAAAGCGAUCGUCUGCGGUGCACCCCCCACCAUCCCCAACGGACAGGUGGUGGGUACAGAUUUCAUCUGGGGCUCCAGCAUCAGCUACGCCUGCAACCAGGGUUACCAGCUGUCCCUGCCCACCGUGUUAACAUGCCAGGGCACCGGCAACUGGAGCGGGGAGAAGCCUCAGUGCUUCCCUGUGUUCUGUGGAGACCCAGGGAUGCCAGCCCAGGGGAGGAGAGAGGACCGAGGAUUCACCUACCUCUCCUCUGUCUCCUUCUCCUGCUACCCGCCUCUUGUCCUGGUGGGCUCUACCAGGAGAUACUGCCAGUAUGACGGCACAUGGAGUGGCACACAACCCUCUUGCAUAGAUCCCACGCACACAACCUGUGGAGACCCUAGCGCUCCUCUCUUUGGAAAUCAAAACAACAGUCAAGGCUACCAGAUCAGCAGCACUGUGUUCUUCAGCUGCAGGAAGGGCUACUUACUGCAGGGCUCCAUUUCCCGCACAUGUCUGCCCAACCUCACCUGGAGUGGUUUUCAACCAGAGUGCAUUGCCCACCACUGCAGCCAACCAGAGCUGCCGGCCCAGGCUGAUGUGAGGGCCAUUGAACUGCCAUCUCUUGGCUACACGCUCAUCUAUACAUGUCAGCCGGGUUUUUACUUGGCCGGAGGAUCAGAGCACAGGACCUGCAGGUCUGAUGGGAGCUGGACAGGGAAACAACCUCUUUGUGCAGCUGAUAACCGUCCAAGUGGUAAGAGCCCAGUGGGGACAGUACAGGAGCCACCCUCUAAAUUACCAGUCCCUGGUGGGGUAUUUGCGAAGAACUCUCUGUGGAGGGGAUCCUACGAGUACCUUGGAAAGAAGCAGCCGGCCAUGCUCAGCAUAACUGCCUUCGAGCCCUUUAGCAACCGCGUCAACGGGACACUCAUCGACCACAGCGGAGUGGAACUCAAACUGGCAGGUACAUACAAGAAGGAGGAGGCUCAGCUGCUGCUACAGAUCCACCAGAUCCGAGGCCCUGUGGAGAUCUUCGUCAACAAGUUCAAAAUAGACAACUGGGCCCUGGACGGACAUGUGUCCUACAUCCCCUCAUCCAACUCCUUUGUGUACCAGGGAUUUGUCAGAGGCAAAAGCUUUGGCCAGUUUGGUCUCCAGAGGUUGGAGAGUUUAGAUCCCAGCAGAGAAAUCCCAGGCUACAACUUUGCCUCCAACAGCAGUUCAGUGGCGGCAGCCAUCCUAGUGCCUUUUAUAGCUAUGAUCAUUGCAGGCUUUGCUCUGUACCUCUACAAACACAGAAGAAGACCCAAAGUCCCCUUCAACGGUUACGUGGGCCAUGAGAACACUAAUGGACGAGCUACGUUCGAGAACCCCAUGUACGACCGCAACAUCCAACCCACCGACAUCUUGGCCAGUGAGACAGAGUUCACAGUCAGCACAGUGUGCACCGCUGUAUAGCAACCGCUUCCUCCAGAGAUCUUUUCAUUCAUCCUUGAUUCACCUAGGGGAGGGGAGGUGCACCACAUCUUCGCCCGCCUGUCAACAGAGGACAGACAUCCAUCGUUCCACAAGCAGAGGGCAAGACAAAGAUUACUUUAUCCGCUUAAAUUCAUUCAAGAACCAUCUCUGGUGGCGAUGGCUCUGACUCGCAGAAAGUAGGAAGAAGACAAAAAAAAAGGAAAAAACCAUGUGAAGCCAACAGCAACUGUAACAAAUGCCGAGAGCAAAAUGCUUCUUUUUUUUUGUGAAACUUUGACAUGGUUUCCUCGAUCGUUUUUCCGUAUUGUAAGGAAAACACUUCCACCUGAAACUGCGAGCCGCCAUGAGGCCCUGCUGGAAGCAAAGCUGUGACGACUUUUCUCACCGCCCUCCGCCUAAACCCAAAGGGAAUUUAAAUGUUCAACUUUAACUCAAGAAAUUGACCAGUAGCUAACAGAGAUCUCUGUGCAAGUGAACUGUGAGGCGGUCGUUGGCCCGUGCAAGUCAGAAAGAGACAGUCCGGACUGUUUUGAUUCAUACAUCUCUGUUUUCCAUUGGCUUUCUUUUUGCUUUCUUAUUUUAUGCGCUGUUUGCUUUCUGUGAUCAGUACUUGGGAACCCUGCCCCAACCCCCCUCACACACACACACACAACUGUCUGCUCCCAGAGGUUCUUGAGAGGUUUCCAAGGAGGCUCCAGGUCUCUGGCUGAGGAUGAAUAAAAAAUUCAGUGAGUUUCAAAUGCCAUGUUGAGGAUGCACCACGUUCUGUCAUUACUUCUCAAGCCUGACUCAUCCUUUUUCUUUAUUUUUGGAAGCAAGGAUGAAAUUCGGUUUGCUGAGGCAGCUGUGUCCAGAGCGGGGGUUAAAAGGUAGCCAGGGCUGCUGACAAAAGCACUUAGUGAGAAUUUGUAGGGAGAUUUUAUGUGUAUAUGAGAGGAAGAGAGUGUGUGUGUGUGUGUGUGUGUGUAUUUCUACACUUGUGGCUGCAGUCUGUCCCAAAAUAUUUCCUGUCUGCUGCCCCAAAGAUUCAACCAGACAAGUCAGAUCAUCUGAUAAAACCUCUCCUCUUUUCCCCGUCCUGUAUUUGUCACUUUACUUUAAGAAAUGCAAAGAUGUGGCUUUAGUGGCUUCACCAUCAUGUCCACCUGGAUACUCUGAACACCAGUCAAUGAAAAGCCAAUCUAAGGACAGUGUAAAGAUUCUGCAAGAGAUCAAAACCUGAAGGCUCCUUCAGCCUUUUGCUUCAACAGGCAUCCUCCUCCUCCUCUCGGUGUGUGGUGAUUGUUCAUCAAGAGGUAUGUUGACAGAUUUGCUUCACAGGCAUCUGGUAAAAUGGCCCACUGUCGCUCUGAGGAGAGAAAAAGACAUCAGCUGGGUCCCAGCAGGAAAUUCAAUGGAUAAACACAUGGCUUGGGACCACAUCGUACCUGACUUUUGUUUUUUGGCUUCAUUUCCAAAAGUAAGACUUCCAUGUCUGAUGUCGAGUUGACGUUUCCUUUUACUCCCGGAUCCAGCCCUUCACAUGUUCCUCCGGCUUCACGGUACACGCUUGUGUGUCUCUGAGAUCAAGACGCAGCGAGCGAGCUGCCUCAACUUGGCCUCGGGAAAACAAAAGAUCAGACGGCCGGUCAUCUUCCUACUCCUGUUUUCCUGGAGGCGUCUGAGUGUGAAGAAUGAAGGAAUCAGUGAUGUUUUCCCCGUGGAUUACAUUCAGAUCUUCUUUUUUUUUCUCCCGAGUUAACUCCUGACAGCUCAAGCUCUUUGAAAAAAAGAGUGAUGUGUCUUUGUUUUGUCUGUGCUCAUCAUGAACAUGAUGCAGAGGGCUUCCACAGAGCUGUGGCAGCAGGGAGGCCGCUGCAACACUGAUUACCCCCCAUGCAUUUAGCUGGAAAUGAUUAUAUGAUAUAUACGCCUCUAAUGCUAACACUCCUUAAAUCAAUGGCUAAUGGGAAGUGAUGUAAAGAAAAUAGUGUUUUGAAAGAGCCACACAGGAGGGAGCGGGAUCACACUUGUAUUCCAAUAAAAUGGCAGGACUCUACCGUGGCUGGUUGAAUGACACCCUUAUAAUGUGUGUGUGUGCGUGUAGGUGUGUGUGGGAGUAUGUGUGUGUGAAGGAUGGAAGCCCACUGGAUUCAGACACGCUGCUCCCAGCUAUUUACCGCUUUCCCAUACCUGUGUAUCCUGUGGAUGCUGAGUGGGGUGAAUAGUGCUCGAAUUUCACUGCAGCAAAUUGAGACAUUACAUGCAAUUUCCUUUAAUUCAACUGUGCUUCAUUGUCGAACCCCAUAUCGAAAAACAGAAUUCAUCUUUCCAUUACCACUGACGGGACAGCACCUCAAUUACCCAAUGUCUGCCUCCCAAAAUAGCGGUCUACUUCCCAGACAGCUCCAUUUACCAUGUACUAUUUGCCAUAUAUGUGUAUGCAUAUAUACAUAUAUCUAUAUAUAUAUAGAUAUAUAAUGUCUUUCCCAGUCAAAAUCAACUUCCAGAGCACCUGUUCUUUUUUUUUAAAAUUAAGUCCUCACAAUCACCCACAGUACAGGAUUUCUCUCAAAUGAUUUCAACAAAUGAAACAAAUCACUCUAUUGUUCCUUCAACCAGUUCCGCCGUGGGUCGGUAAUUGCUUUUACAUUUUUAUUACUUUUAAAGCUCUCGCUUAUCUCGACACUACAGAUAGAAUAUUGCCACUUGCCCGCUCCGGUCGUGAAUUGAUGGGAAAGGAAACGAUUGAAUUACCCUGGAGAUUUCACGGAGGAGAGAGGAACAGUUGCACUCAUUCGUCUUGAAGGCACCGGUGCUCGGUUCUCAGUGCUUAAGCGCCUGUUGCCCUGUUUUUUCUUUUUUUUUAAAAUCUGAAAUUGCUCCACAUGCUUAUCCAGAAUGAAUAUUAAUCUUUAAAUUCCAGUCCCUGUCAGCUUAGGCCACUAUUGGAUGAUCUUUCUCUGUUAAUGUUCAACACACGUUAUGCAACACUUUUCAACAAACUGCGUUAAAUAUUAUUAAACAAAUGCAAUGGUGGCCUCUUCCCUAGAUAAUAGUGAUUCUGUCCGAUGAAACACUGGAUUGGAAAAAACAUAAUUCACGCAACUGAUUGUUCUUUAUAAACAAGGGCUCAGGCUGAGAGAAUACAGAAAUUGUUUUUAAAAAGUCGGAUUCAUAAACCUUCUUGUUCUUGUAGCUCCUCCAGUCUCCAAUAAGCACUUUACAUUCAUUAUAGUGCCUUGGUAUAACCCCAUGAUAUAGUGAACCAGCACCAGUGGCUCCUUUUUGUUAGUUUUUUGAAGAAUUCAUCAAUUUGAUAUGAACAUUGGAGAGUUGUGUUCUUUUCCGUGCUCUGGCAGCCAGACUCUGACACACUGUUCAUCGACUUGAAGAAACUUGGCGCUCUUUGCUCCCGUGUUUUCGGUCCUAAAAAUUAGCUUCAUUUUAGAGUAACGAUUCCUUUUUGUCCCACCCCUUUUCUUAUUUAGCUUUUCCGUCACGUGCAGCGUGCUUAUUAGUAAUAUGUUUUUGGGGGGCAGGGAUUCAUGUAUUUGAUUUGAUACAUGUUUUACCGUGUGAUUUUGUCACGUUUGUAAAACAAAAAAAACAAGUUUUAACCAAAGAAAAUCAUCUAAAUCAACCAGAUUACAAUUAGGCAAAAUAACAGAAUCAAGAUUAAGAAUUGAUUCAGUUCCUAUAGUGAGGCAUGAUUUUAAUAGGGACAGAGUUAUUUUCAAAAAUCCCUGCUGGUGAUUUUGCAGUGGAUGGUUUUCACCUAAUGGGCCGAUUUUGAACCUAUCUGGGUUAAUCCAGAAAGUUCUCAGCGAAAGUCCAGUUCUGUGUAAAAGGAGAUCAGUGAGUUCUGGAUGGGGCCGCGCUGUAAGAGCUGGGGGACGGUGUUUCUUGAUAGCAUGCCGCCCUGGCUACUUCCUGGUUCUCUUUGCAUAUUUUAAGAGCGAAACUCCGCUCAUCCUAAGUUCAGUUCCGUUAUCAGCCCGACGCAGCUCGGGAGUUCUCUCCUGCUCGCCAUCUCUUUCUUUUAUAAUGGAACACAUCACGGCUAUGGUCUUUUUUGGGAGUUUCCAUCGAGUUCACUGAAUUUCCUCACGGUCGGGGCGGGGGGGGGGCGAGUCCAAAAUAUUCCAGGUUCUUUCUACAGCUGCAGCUCUCAUUUCUCUGCAUAGGCUGGACUUACCGAAAACCAGAGAAAUACAUCAGUCACGCUGUUUGACAUGUUCCGCAUCAACUGUCAAUUACAAUCGUCCUUUUUCUUUUGUCAUUGUCCCUGCUUAUCGACGGCAGCAUCACAGCCGAGCUUCUCAGUGUUUUUCAGCCCCAUUCAAUGUAAUUUGCCAUCACUAUUCUGCCCAUUUCAGUGUGUCUAGUGGACUUAACCACGAGGAGGGGCGGGGGGGGUGUUUUCAAAGGCUGCUGGGCUUAGAGGAAUUUAGUUCUAUAAAUGGAAAGGAUUGGUAUGAUUUGUCGCCGGAGUUAUUGCUGGAAAAAACCCACUGAAUGUAUUUCAUUUCACUGAGUGCAUCGGAAUUUAUCUAUCUAUACCGUGUUCAAUAUCUGUCAACUGCUCCCCUGUUUGUGUGCAGUAAUGGAGAAAAAAAAAUAAUGGCAGUAUGUGUCAUCCUCGGAAAUAAAAAACAGAAUGUCCAAUUUAUCUAUAGUGUAAAAUAUAGCAAAAAUAUUUACAGAGCACUGUUUUUUAUUACCAGAGACUUUUACAUUCCUGUGUGUUUGUCGUGGUAACGACGAUAUCGCAAGAUCCCGAGUUUUUCGUCUUUUUUUUUUUUUUCUUUCUCAUGAUAUUAUUUCAUGCCAGUCCGGGAGGUCUCCACCACGCGAGGCUGGAAGGCAUGAGAGACCAAUGCGCCCACGCAAGAUCAACAUGGCCCUUAAACGCCUCAACAAACCGAUGAAACAGUAACGGGCAGUAAUGGAGUGUCAUUCUCUUGCUGUACACCAAAAGGGAUACGUGUAAAGAAAUUGGACAAACGUGGACGUGAGCAGACUGUGUGUUACUACAGCGAGCCACUACCGAGGGAGUGUCUCUGAGAAAAAGAGAAUAUGUUAACGAAAUUAAAACCUUUUUUGUACAGAGAUAUAUUUUUAUGAAAAUACAUUUGUAAUAUAAAAAGAAAAAAAAUGGAUCGACAUAUAUGUAAAUGUUUUUCUUUUUCAUUAUUGUAGUACAAAUGCUAGUGGGGAGUAUAUGGAAAAACGAUAUAUAUAUAUAAAUAUAUAUAUAUAAAUAUAUACAAAGAAAAAUAGAAACAAGGCUUUUUGUAUAUGUAAAAAAGUUUGUAAAUAAAAGUUUACAUACAUACUGUACAUAUGUAAGACCCACCAUGGCUUGUCUGCAAUAUAUAAAAUGUAUUUUAUCCGUCUGUAUAUGAUGCUUUGCAUUGUGUCUA